AUGAAUGUAACAUGGAUGUUUCUUUGGUUGCUAUCUUUUCUAUUAUUCACUGCUGAUGGAAAAAAGAGAGUAUGUUUGAUUGGAGCUGGCCUAAGCGGAUUGUUUUCCGUAAAACUUUUGGCUGAUCGUCUUGAUGAAUUCGAGCCUAUUGUUUUUGAGAGAAAUUCUGAUGUUGGAGGACUGUGGAUUUACACAGAUGAUACUGGUCUGGACAAGUAUGGAUUACCUAUUCAUAGCAGUGUCUAUAAAAAUCUAAGAACAAACAGUCCAAAAGAAGUGAUGAGUUUUCCGGAUUAUCAGCACUUCGAGGGUGAAAAACGCAGUUGUGUUAAGCAUCACACAGUCGUUGAUUAUCAAAAGAAUUAUACAGAUCACUUCAAUCUUCGUCAGUUUAUUAAGUUUAACACUUACGUAGAAAAAGUAAUUCCUUUGUCUGAAAUCGACAAUUGGCGAGUGAAUAGAUGGAUUAUCAAGACUCGCGAUUUGCAUUCAAAUUCAACUGAUGCAACAAUUUGUGAUUUUGUGAUGGUCUGCACUGGACAAUAUUAUAAACCAAUGAUCCCAACAAUCUUGGGCAUCAAGAAGUACAAAGGUCGAGUAUUACAUAGCCACUCCUAUCGAAAACCCGAAGAGUUUUCUGGGCAAACGGUCACAGUAUUAGGCGCGGCGGUAUCUGGUCAAGACAUUACUUUUGAACUUAGUCUUUAUGCGAAAAUUGUCUAUCUCAGCCAUAGACACGACAAACUUCAAGGUGAAAUGCCGAGAAAUGUGAUUCAAGUUCCUGGAAUCGCUGCUGCAGAUACCAAUGGAUUCAUCCUUACUAAUGGAAUGAGGAUUGAAUCGGAUUCGUUGAUAUUUUGCACAGGCUACGUCAACGAACUCCCAUUUUUAAACAUUAAUAGUGGUAUUGAAGUACAUGACAAAUACUUGUAUCCACUGUACAAGCAGGUCAUUAAUAUAAAUAAUCCGUCCAUGGGAUUUGUUGGGCUUGUGCCCACGUUCAGAGCUUCUACUCCUAAAUUCUAUUCGCAGGCGAAAUAUUUCAUAUCAUUUCUACAAGGUCAGUUCAAGCUGCCAAGCCGGGAAAAAAUGAUAAUGGAUGCAGAAAACAUGCUACCAAAAAGUAUUAAGAAUAAAAAGUACGAAUGGCAUUGGGAUUACAUAAUGGGACUUGCAAAAGAAGCAAAUUUCGAACCAAUACCUGAAUUCUACCAAAAAGGUCUGACAUUUUGGCAAAAGUUCCAAGACGAGAAUUUAUAUCACUUCAAAGAAUAUGAUUUGCGCUUUCUGGUCGAUGGCAGUGUGGAAAUUGUCAAGUCCAAAAUGGCUUAA